CCACCUCCUCCUGGUCUGAACUUUUCUACCCGUGAGAACAUGUUUUGACUCAUUCUCUCUGGGAAGGUUAAAAAUGACAAGGAAUUUGUUAAUGGAAAUUCAAACACAACACACCAGUUUUGCUGUCUCUGUCUAGAUAUUUAAGAAGUGCAACAAGGGAUUCAAUCAACAAUCCUUCCUGCUCAGACUGUGGGGAGGAAUUCACUCAGUCAUCUAACCGACUGGCACGCCUGUUAUUUUACACGGGGCAGUGGCCAUUCACCUGCUCAGACAGUGGGAAUGGAUUCAGUUGGUCAUCACAACUGAAGGUACAUCAGCAAAUUCACACUGGGACAAGGCCAUUCACCUGUUCUGUGGGUGAGAAGGGAUUCAGUCGGUCAUCCCACCUGUGGACACACCAGUCAGUUCACACUGGGCAGAGGCUGGUCAUCUGCUGAAUUUGUGGGGAAGGAUUCUCUCGGUCAUCUGACCUAAUGGCUCAUCAGCGAGUUCACACCGGGGAGCGGCCGUUCACCUGCUUGGACUAUGGGAAGAGAUUCACUGAAUCAUCUAAGUUGAAGGUACAUCAACGAGUUCAUACUGGGGAGAGGCCAUUCACCUGCUCAGACUGCGGAAAGGGAUUCACUCGGUCAUCUCACCUACUGCUACAUUGGUUAGUUCACACUGCAGAGAGGGAUUUCACCUGCUCAGAUUGUGGGAAGAGAUUCACUCACUCUUCCACCCUACAGAGACACCAGUCAGUUCACACCAGGGAGAGGCCGUGCACCUGCUCAGUCUGUGGGAAGAGAUUCACACAGUCAUCACACCUACAGAGACACCAGCAAGUUCACACUGGGGAGAAGCCUUUCACCUGCUCAGACUGUGGGAAGAGAUUCACACAGUCAUCCACCCUACAGAGACACCAGUCAGUUCACACUGGGGAGUGGCGGUUCACCUGCUCAGAAUGUGGGAAGGGAUUCACACAGUUAUCCAAAUUACUGGCACACCAGUCAGUUCACAGUGGGGAGUGGCCAUUCACCUGCUCAGACUGUGGGAAGGGAUUCGCUCGGUCAUCUGAUCUACAGAUACACCAGCGAGUUCACACUGGCGAGAGGCCGUUUACCUGCUCAGUCUGUGGGAAGGGAUUCCAUAAAUCAUCCAACUUUCAUAGACACCAGCAAUUUCACACUGGGGUGAAGCAGUUCACCUGCUCAGACUGUGGGAAGGGAUUCAGUCGGUCAUCCUCACUAUUGGCACACCAGUCAGUUCACACUGGGGAGUGGCCAUUCACCUGCGCAGAAUGUGGGAAAGGAUUCACUCAGUCAUCUGAACUACUGGUACAUCAGUCAGUUCACAGUGGGGUGUGGCCGUUCACCUGCUCAGAAUGUGGGAAGGGAUUCACUCAGUCAUCCAACCUACAGAGACACCAGUCAGUUCACACUGGGGAGAAGCCGUUCACCUGCUGUGAAUGUGGGAAGGGAUUCGCUCGGUUAUCUGAUCUACAGAUACACCAGCGAGUUCACACUGGGGAGAGACCAUUCACCUGCUCAGUCUGUGGGAAGGGGUUCCAUCAAUCAUCCAACCUUCAUAGACACCAGCGAGUUCACACUGGGGUGAAGCCGUUCAACUGCUGUGAAUGUGGGAAGGGAUUCACUCGGUCAUCCUCACUAUUAGCACAUCAGCGAGUUCACAGUGGGUAGAGACCGUUCACCUGCUCAGAACGUGGGAAGGGAUUCACUCAGUCAUCCAAUCUACAGAGACACCAGCAAGUUCACUUCGGGUAAAGGCCGAUCACCUGCUGAGACAUUGGGAAGUGUUUUCUCAGCCAUCUCCAUCAAAUGUGCAUCAUUGGGUUCACACUGUGGAGAGGCCGUUCACCUGCUGUGAAUGUGGGAAGGGAUUCACUCAGUAAUCUAACCUUGUGACACAGUACUGGGUUCACACAGGGGUGAAAGUUUCAAUAAGCUGCAUGCUGGAUAUUUGUCCAUCACUGUUGCAGAAUGCAAUUUCGAGAGUGACUGUCGGUGCUGAACUCUGCAAUUAUUGCUGCUAUUCACCACACACAGUUCUGCACCCUGGUCACUGGGCAUGGGAGGAGUUUCUUCUGCUCCACAUUCACCUUUAAUGGAACUGGAUCUGAGACAAAUAAAUCAAUUCUAUUUUAAACUCUGUCUCUGGUACUUAGUGCAUUUAUAACACGCCUAGUGUACAGUAGAGAGUCAACUCAGGCCAGCUGGACCCUGCCAGUUAUUCAUUUCCAUGACAGUCUAUUUAAAUCCCGCCCCCCCCCCCCCCCCUCAUUGCUCAUCUCUCACUCUCCCUCUGGUGAUGGGUUCCAAACAGUCAUCAUCUGUGGGUGAAAACGUUUUGCUUGAAUUUUCUGCAGACUGAAGAAGUCGAGCUGAUUGCAGUUCUGUCUGAGAUGUUCUUCACCCCUCAAAUCUCUGGGCUGAGGAAGAAUGACAUCGGUUGUUAAUCUCCAUAAUCACGACUAAUUUCCACAUUAUGGAUCAUUUUCCCUGCUGCUAAUGGGUUUUUAGAGAACAUCACUGUCCCCUAAAGGCCGAAAACAGAAUGGGAAACCAUCAGUUGGAUGUUUAACUUAGCAGGGUCAGAUACCAGAGGUGGGUCUGCACAGGGCAGAAUUUGGGGCUUUGGACGAUGGUCGGGUUAAGAACUUAUGAUGAGGAGAAGGGAAUCAGCAGUGGGGUGUGGCAACAAAUGUCAGAGUAGCAACAUUUGGAAGCUGAUUGACAGAGACAAUCAUUCGAUUGACUGAUGACACAAACAAUGCCUGUGGUGAGGUUCUCCACUGGUUGAGGUACAUGUGUGUUGGGAAUGGUUUUAUCCAUUGAGGGAUUUGUUCCUGCUUGUUUAUCCAGUAAUAUUAUAUCCAGAUGGUUAUCAUGGAUUAUCCUCUCUGAAAUAAUGUAUUGAUUAUCAAAUAAUUUGUACAAACGUUUGUAAGAUCUUGACUCUAAAACUGGGUCAGGCUUGAAUUCAUGGUGCCUUUAUUAAGUUAUGGUGGGCAUUGAUGAGUUUGUAUUUUAAAGCAAGAUUUUGAUGAAUGAUAUUUGCCACUUGAUUGUACCUUUGUAGGUAAUCAGAUUGAGUUAAACUGCUGCGGGAUCCUGGAAUGUGUUGGAUUGUGUCUGGUUUCUCUUGUCAUUUUCUGCACUUACUGCCUUGUUUGUUUUUAUGUCAUGUAUUUUUGUUUUUUUUUUCCUUUUGUUAACCACCUUGCCCUGUAUUUCUGCAAGAAACCCUUGGGUUUCUGUGAAGAGGUCUCCAACUCUCAGUCAGGUGCAUGGUGCUUCCUUGUCACCAUCUCAUCUGCUCAGAUCGUUGAGAUGUCUCCCAUGGAGGGUCAUACUCAUUCCACUGUUUAAUGUUUUCUUCCAGAGUGAUGAUUUAUUUUUCUGAUUUGGCCUCUCAUUGAAGUUUUCUGGUUUGUAUUUCUUAUCAUGAUUGCAUAUACACACAUGGAGUGCUAAAUCCUGUUCAUUUUUGAUGAAAGUAUAUACUUAGAAGUUUUACCUGACUGUUGUCUGACUUUUUUUCAUGUGUGUUUUUCUUCUUCCUCCUUGUGUCCAAGGUGGUGUUAACCUAAAUGUGUCACUCCUGGUGAAGGGAUUCAGCCCGAAUCAUUGUCACUACCUCCUCCCAUAGAUGCUGUCUGGCCUGCUGAGUUCUGCCAGCAUUUUGUGCAUUUAUUUAUUUCCAGCAUCUGCAGAUUCACUGGUGUCUGAGUGUGAAUAGACUUUUCUAAAGUUCUUAUUUAUCUUUGUAAACUCUACUGAUUGAAAUUGGGCCAAGAUGUUUUUAUUAAAAAAUGUCAGUGUCGGUA